GUAACUCAGCACCUCACCAGGUUCAGUCAUACACAGUCCAAAUGCCUCAGCCAGGACAGCACAUAUCAGCAUAUCCUGUGCAACGUUAUGGUGUACCUGAGCAGGUUCCUCCACCUGCAGGGCUCCAGUCAGGCAAUCAUCCACCUCCAGUUCAGACAGUCAGGAAUCAGUCUAGUCCAGGUCAUCCCGUCCAAAACAACCUUUCAAAUCCCAUGCCUCAGUCAGAAGUCAUAGAACUUCAGUCAGUGAAUCAACCACCUCCAGUUCAGUCAGUCUUGACACAGUCUGAUCCAAGCAGCCCAGCACUUCACCAAGCUCAGCCAUAUGCAGCACCUGCAGUUCCUCCACCAGUUCUACUUUUUGGAGUACCACCCGGUCUCGAGUACUUCACUCAGAUCGACCAGAUACUUAUUCACCAAAAAAUAGAGUGUAUAGAGAUAUUAACUGGCUUUGAGACUAACAACCAGUAUGAGAUCAAGAACAGCAUCGGGCAAGAGAUCUACCACGCCAAAGAAGACAGUGACUGCUUUAUACGCAAUUUCUUUGGUCCAGCACACGGUUUUAAAAUGCAUAUUAAGGACAGCAUGGACCAAGAGGUCAUUCAGUUGCACAGACCAAUGCGCUGCUUCCUGCAAGAGAUUGAGGUACAGGCUCCCCCUGGAGUAAUCAUAGGCUAUGUGAAACAGGAGUGGUCCUUUUUACCAAAAUUCACCAUCCUGGGCCCCAAUAAUGAGGUACUACUGAAGAUCCAGGGACCCUUCCUUCCAUUCAAAUGCUGUGGUGACAUAGACUUUGAGGUUAAAGGCAUUAUUGGUGAACAGUCUUUUGGUCGAAUCACAAAACAACGGAGUGGUUUAUUAAAGAAAUGCAUCAGUGAUGCCAGCAACUUUUGUAUCCAGUUCCCUCUGGACAUGGAUGUUAAAAUGAAGGCUGUACUUUUGGGUGCUUGCCUCUUUAUUGACAUCAUGUUCUUUGACAAAGGUGGACAUUUAUUUCUAAAAUUAUUAAGGGCAUCAUGAAAUGCCUUCCUUUUUUUUCUUUUUCUUUUUUAAAGAGUGUCUACAUUUAUAAUAUCCUGUCUCUGAGAGGCCAGUAUGGAGUCUGUAAGGAUUAAUAAGGACCUGGAGCAAAUCCCAGUUUUGCAUAUGCAGAUGAUUUGAUGAGUCUGCUUUCCAUUUGAGGGAGUUUGCUUUUCAGAGAACUGCUUUUCUCUCCUCCCAUAGCAGAAACAGUCAUAUGCAGGCGGUUUGAGUGAGAGUGUGGUAUGGUCUGAAUGACAGUAUACAUACUACUAAUGCCGUCAUAGAGAAAAAUGCAAAACAGGCAGGCAACCUUUGUCAAGAUGGAGAAACCUACACACUUCAAUGGACUCGUGGGGACCUCAUCUGUUCCUUGGAAUGGAAUAUUCUUCAGUUCUACUUUCCUUUUUAGUGAAUUUUAGUGCUUUCAGCACACAUGCACUGUUAGGAAAAUAUUGAACAGUGUUUUCCACAACCUUGUAGUUUUAUUUGUACAGCACAAAUGAACCAAAUGUACUGCCAUUCGGCUGUAACUCUUCAAAAUGUCAGUUUCUGAUGAUGUCAGCACUAUUUUUUAGCUCUCGUACUCGUAUUUAGCUCUAGACAAAACUGACAAUCAUA